ACCUAUGCCUGUGGACAUCUGAUAGAAAGACAUGCUGGAAUCAUCCAUAUUUUGCAGAGAAGCCCAUCCCUGUCAGGCACAAUGGCUUAUCUAAGGUCCAAACCAGAAGUUGGCUGAAACCACCCCCGCGAUGCCUCAGGAUAUUUCGAGGGAGACGCCAUAAGAACGCUCCAGAGGACAUGGUGCAGGAGCUGAAUGUUGACAUCCCCUGCUCUCAUUCCCCAAAGGACAAGGAGCCGCACAGGGCCAACAGAGUCUGGCGCUGGCUCAGGGGGGAAAAUGGCUCAACGAGGAAGAGGAAUAAGACCUUGAUACUAUGGAACACUCGUGCCAGUUCAUUGGAGGCCAUAAUAGAUUACCUGGUGACUGCCGUCAUAAAAGAAGAUCUAAACUAUGUUCACAUGUUUCUCGAAAUACAUCGCACCCUUGCUACCACCCAGGAGGUGCUGGGCCUCCUCUUUGCAAGAUUCGGAUGUGUUUACUCCACGUAUGACGAGGUCGGCGGACCCCAGGACCAGCGCAACAUGGCUGUCUAUGCCAUCCUGGAUAUGUGGGUGGAAAGGUAUCCAGGGGAUUUUGUGCAGCCUCCAGAGUAUCCCAACUUGCAUGCUCUACUGGCCUACCUGCAGGUCAAUGCGCCUGGCUCGGACCUGCUGCGCCGUGCCCAGCUUCUGCUGCCAGAAAGGCAGCGCGCUGAGACCACAGAGCCAGAGGCUGGGGGUGAGGAGGACUGGGGGUAACUGAUGUGGGCCCGAGGAGGAGGCAGGGUGGGCCACCCUGAGGAAGCCUCCAUAGAUUGUAGUUGGGCCGAGAGGAGUGGGUUAUCUCAGAUCCCUGUCCCCAUGGGCUUCUGUUGGGGACACCUUCCAGGGGCUGGGUCUUGAACACAGGCCACGCUGAGUGGUGGGGAAAGGGAAAGGCGAGAGGGAAGUCAACCAAGCUGAUGAUGCUUUCUCUUCUUGGAGCUACAGCACCGGCCCCGGAGCCAGAUCAGGAUGUGUCUCGGGAAGUGGUUCCAGCAGCCACUCUGGCACCCGCUGCACCUCUGGGGCCUGAGCUGGUCCCCGCCAUCCCUGCUGCGGCUGCUCACUAUGGGAUAGGAAGACCAGUGACCCCCCCUGACCCGUUGGGGCCAGGGCAGAUGGUCGUCAGGGCCCUCGUUCACUUCUCUGCCACGGAAGAGCCACCAGGCCUUUUGACUUUCCUGGAUGACCAGCAGGGUCCUGCCCCCGAGCUGCCACCCCCUGCGUCCGUGGAGCAAGCAGGCUCGGCCCCCGAGCUGCCGCCCCCUGCCUCCGUGGAGCAAGCAGGCUCGGCCCCCGAGCUGCCGCCCCCUGCCUCCGUGGAGCAAGCAGGCUCGGCCCCCGAGCUGCCGCCCCCUGCCUCCGUGGAGCAAGCAGGCUCGGCCCCCGAGCUGCCGCCCCCUGCCUCCGUGGAGCAAGCAGUCUCGGCCCCCGAGCUGCCGCCCCCUGCCUCCGUGGAGCAAGCAGGCUCGGUCCCCGAGCUGCCGCCCCCUGCCUCCGUGGAGCAAGCAGGCUCGGCCUCCGAGCUGCCGCCCCCUGCCUCCGUGGAGCAAGCAGGCUCGGCCCCGGAGCUGCCGCCCCCUGCCUCCGUGGAGCAAGCAGGCUCGGCCCCCGAGCUGCAGCCCCCUGCCUCCGUGGAGCAAGCAGUCUCGGUCCCCGAGCUGCCGCCCCCUGCCUCCGUGGAGCAAGCAGGCUCGGUCCCCGAGCUGCCGCCCCCUGCCUCCGUGGAGCAAGCAGGCUCGGCCCCCGAGCUGCCGCCCCCUGCCUCCGUGGAGCAAGCAGUCUCGGUCCCCGAGCUGCCCCCACCUGCCUCCCUGGAGCAAGCGGCCUGGGCCCCCAAGCUGCCACCACCUGCCUCCGUGGAGCAAGCAUGCUUCGCUCCCGAGGAGCACCUCGUGCUUGCUACAACCAGAAAGCGUGUCUUUCCCAUCCCCCUUAUUGCAUUUUUUGUAUUUCUUCUCUUUUGUGUGUAUGUAUAUAAUUACAUACUAGAUUUAAUUAAAGACAGUAGAACUUGA